UAUGCCGACGCACGCCUGUGCAUCAUGGCGUCCGCGAAGCCACGUGCUUCUGAGUGCGUCUACGCACGGUGAAGUUCGACGUGAAGCAUCUCCAACUCGCAUGUCUGCUGCUUCGAUGCGCACCGGGAGUCCUAAAGGUUUCGACAGCGGGCGAGAGAACUUAAAGGCGGGGGACGAGUGUUUCCGAUGAUCGGUUGUCACCGCUAGCAAAGAAGAUCCGAACCGCUCCAGCAUGGUCACGGAGUUUUCGUCGGUUUUCAGCGUUUUCUCCAGCACACAGGGGGGCCGCCUGGAGACUGGAGAAGGAUGCGCUCACAGUCAGCUGCCGACAGUCGAAGAGUUCUACUCCAACCUGACACCACUGCUCAGCGUGGCCAUAGCAGUCUCCACAGCGGCGGUGGUGUCCGUGUGUGUGACAUACACGCUCAGCCUGAGGCACGUGCUCACCAGGACUGCCCCACAGUUACGAAGCCACACUGCCUGGGUACUGACCAUCCACCCGGUAGCUGCAGUGCUGGCCUACCUGUCAGUGAUGAUCCCACGUGCAUCCUUCCUGGUCGACGUUGGCAUCCAGGACCUGUACGCCACAUGCCUGUAUCAGAUGUUCUGCCUGCUGGUCGCCUACUGCGAGCAGGAGGGCUCCACAGACCAGCUGCACGGGGCCAUGAUCCAGCUCAACACGGGGCCCCUCUGCUGCCUACCCGGAUGUCACUGGUUCUGCAGACCUGUGCCACUAACCCGGAAGACACUCUUGCAGCUACGGAUCCUGGUGCUACAGCUACCCAUAGCGAUGUGGAUCCUGUACACAGUCUGCUAUGUACUGUGGGCGGAGGACGAGUGGGGGCGAACGUGCUUACCCUGCUGGAACUGGUGGCGCUCAGCUUGUGGGCCAAUAGGCUAUACUGCACAGAUGCGGCCCCAUUUGACCAUCUGGAAGAGGAACAGGAGCCCAACCAGCUGGGGGUGGCCUCUGGUGAGGCAACUUCAGCCUAGCAGAACAGCUAGACACGAGAGGACAGCCCACUUCCAUUGUCUUCAGUAUGAACUGACAGACGAUCUGCUACAAGUGGUAUCUGAUGGGCCUGGUAGGACCAUGCUGGAGGACAUACUUCCAUUGUACUGUCUCCAGGAGGCGCAAGCAGCUGGAAGAUGUCACUGAGGUGCCUUUCUGUUUAGUGGGACACCAUUGGAUAAGAGGCACAUCGUAAUUUUCAAAAACCCGUGAAUCCCCUUAGAGAGCAAAGACUCUUUCGGCAGUUGUGACGGUACAUCACAUAAAUGGACAUUUGGAGAAAGGGAAAAGAAGUUUUUGUUAUGUGACGUGCGAAUCAUAAAUUGUCUUAAGACUAAGUACGUCUGCGCGAUGUAUAUCAACAGUAAACAACGUAAGUUAUUGUUAUCAAAACAUAAAUAUCGAUGUAAUGAACAGGACACAGUUUUUUGUAUAAUCUCUGUGUAACAUAGUCCAUAAAGAUCAGAGACAAUGCUUUGACUGAACUCUCUCCUUUUUUGUUUCGUCUAGAGGUAGAUCGCCAUUGUAGCGCUGGAUAAUA